CAAGUUUACACAUAUUUUUGUUUUGGAGCCUCUCAAUAUCACUCUAAUGGAAGCUUACACUCUUGAUCGCCAUGAUGACAUCGUGCGCGAACUUGCUCAGAAAGUGGCCGAAUACCAUGCAUCACAUAUUCCUUUUCGAAUAAACCACGGAUCCACCAACUCAACACGUCGCCGUGAUCCCUCGGUCCCGCAAUUAAACAUAGCCCACCUGAAUCACAUUCUCGACAUUGACACGACUGCGAAUACCGUGCUCGUUGAGCCAAACGUUCCCCUCGACGCCCUCGUCCUCAAAACCCUCAAAAAGCAGUUGGUACCUCUAGUUGUGAUGGAAUUUCCUGGCAUAACGGUUGGUGGUGGUUUCUCCGGUGCAAGUGGUGAGAGUACUGGUUGGAAGGAAGGGCUCUUCGACUGUACUGUACAGGAGAUUGAAAUAAUUCUGGGCAAUGGAAAAAUCAUGCACGCCAUAAAAGGAGGAGAGAAUUCUGACUUGUUCAACAGCGCAAGAUGCAGCCUUGGGACUAUGGGUGUGGUCACCUUACUGAAGGUUCAGUUAACGCAAGCUCAAGGUGCAGUCCGGUUGUCAUACCAACAUACUUCAAGUACUGAGGACACUAUCAAUCGCUUAGCCGAACUAUGUAAUCACGAGAACACAGGCUUCGACUUCAUCGAGGGAUUACAGUAUAAUGAAAACGAAGGUGUCAUUAUAUUAGGACAGCACGUUUGUGCGACCGCUGCCACGGUUAAAGAUCUUCCACGCCAGAGGUUCGACCGCGCUAUCGACCCCUGGUUCUACAUGCACGCGAGAGGAACGACCGACUCUCACAUCGAAAUCGUUCCAAUACAAAGUUACCUCUUCAGACAUAAUCGCGGCGCUUUUUGGAGUGGAGAAGUGUUCCUCAAAUACUAUGGUCUACCAAACACUCGCUUCGUCCGUUGGCUAUUCGAUCCGAUCAUGACGGCCCGGGCAAUCUACAAGGCCAUGUUGGCUGCUGACUCAGCUGAUGGUGCAAUCAUUCAGGAUCUUCUGCUUCCAGUAGAUACUUCUAACGCAUUCACUGAGUAUGUUGCAGAAGAACUGAAGAUAUGGCCGUUAUGGAUUUGCCCCAUCCGCAAAAAGGCUGCUGACGGAAACGUUUGGGGCUGGCCAUUCUACCAAACCCGAAAACAAACGACUGUUGGAGACCCUAGCAUCCGAGGCGAACUAAUACUUAAUUUUGGCGUCUGGGGGCCUACAGAUCCUACCCCAAGUGUAGUUCGCAAGACAAACCGAGAUUUGGAACAGAAAUUGCGCGAGUUGCGUGGUAUGAAGGUCCCGUAUGCCGCCAAUUUCUACACUGAGCAAGAAUUCUGGGAUCUUUACGACUAUAAGGAAUAUGAAAGACUCAGGAAAAAAUGGCACGCGGAGGCUUUACCUGACAUGUACGACAAAGUCCGAAGAAAACAAGAUUGGGGGACGGAAGAAGGCGAAGUCGAGUUAGGAGUAAGGGAAACUACUUGGAAAGAGUUAAUAUUACAAAUUUGGCCACUGGGAGGGCUCUAUCAGACCUUCCAUGUUCUGUUCAAGUAG